AUGGUAUUUUGCUCAGUCACGGUUGACAACGAACUUGACCGACUGGAACGAGCAAAAAUCAUCACACCGGUAGACUUUUCGGACUGGGCAGCACCCAUCGUCGUUGUCAGAAAAACGAACGGGUCCAUUCGCAUUUGCGGAGAUUACUCUACAGGUCUCAACAAUGCACUGCAACCGCAUCAGUACCCGUUACCGCUACCGGAGGAGAUUUUCAAUAAGUUGGCUAAUUGUACUGUAUUUAGCCGAAUCGACCUGUCGGAUGCGUUCCUGCAAGUAGAGGUGGACGAAAGUAGUCGUGAUUUAUUAACCAUCAACACCCAUCGUGGACUCUACCGGUACAAUCGUCUGCCACCGGGAGUCAAAACAGCACCGGGAGCUUUCCAGCAACUUAUCGAUACAAUGCUGGCAGGUCUUCCUCAUACGUGUGGUUAUUUGGAUGACGUCGUCGUUGGUGGUGUCACUACUGAGACACACUGGGAAAACCUUCGCGCAGUGCUUCAAAGAAUCAGCGAGUUUGGAUUUACCAUCCGAGUGGAAAAGUGCAUCUUCGCUCAGCCUCAAAUCAAAUAUGUAGGUCAUCUGCUUGACCGCAAUGGUCUUCGCCCAGAUCCAGCAAAAGUUCAAGCCAUUAACGAAAUGCCACCGCCCACUGAUGUAUCUGGUGUUCGGUCCUUCCUAGGAGCAAUUAAUUACUACGGAAAAUUUGUUCCUCGUAUGCGCUGUCUGCGGUAUCCUCUUGAUAAGCUGCUCAAAGCGGAUGCGAAAUUCAAGUGGACAGCAGAGUGCCAGGCGGCAUUCAACAAAUUUAAGGAGUUGCUGAAAUCUGACCUACUGUUGACACACUACAACCCUGCACUUGAUAUAGUGGUGUCGGCAGAUGCGUCGUCUGUUGGUGUUGGUGCUACUUUGUCACACAAAUUUCCGGACGGCACUCUCGAAGUUGUAUACCACGCUUCCAGAGCAUUGACAGCGGCAGAGAAAAACUACAGUCAGCCCGAUCGUGAAGGACUUGCGAUAAUUUUUGCGGUGACCAAGUUUCAUAAAAUGCUGUUUGGUCGUCGCUUUCAUCUUCAGACAGAUCACGAGCCGUUGCUGAGAAUCUUCGGUUCAUGGAAAGGGAUUCCUGUUUACACAUCGAACCGAUUACAACGUUGGGCUCUUACGCUGUUGCUUUAUGAGUUCACCAUCGAGCACGUUCCGACAGCGAAAUUCGGCAAUGCUGAUAUACUUUCCCGUCUGAUCAGCCAGCACGUCAGGCCUGAGGAAGAUUAUGUGAUUGCUUCGGUCUCUCUGGAAAAUGACUUAAGGUCAGUUACACAAGAUGCAUUAACCAUUCUUGCUUUAAGUUUUAGGAUCGUACAACAGUCUACACAGUCCGAUCCUAUUACCAAGGCAGUUUAUCGUUACCUCCUUGAGGGGUGGCCUAAAACCGUUACCGAUGCAGAGCUCAAACGGUUUUAUGCUCGACGUGAAUCUCUUACCACGGUACAAGGCUGCAUACUAUUCGGCGAUCGACUGGUUAUACCAUCGCCCCAUCGCAAGCGUAGUCUUCAUCAACUUCAUCGUGGCCACCCUGAAAUUCAGCGAAUGAAGGCGAUUGCCAGGUCAUAUGUUUAUUGGCCAACUCUCGACAGCGACAUUGUUGAUUUCGUCAAAACCUGCCGUCAAUGUGCGAUGGCUGCGAAAACACCACCGAAGUCAGCGCCGUUGUCAUGGCCUAAAUCAACAAAACCGUGGCAGCGCGUUCACCUUGAUUAUGCUGGACCGAUCGACGGGGAAUACUACCUGGUUGUCGUGGACUCUUUUUCGAAAUGGCCUGAAAUUGUGCAGACGAGAAGUAUCACUACAGCCGCCACAGUGAAAAUCCUCAGAGAUCUGUUCGCUCGCUUGAGAAUGCCAGAGACACUGGUGAGUGAUAAUGGAUCCCAGUUCACCAGUGCAGAGUUUCAAUCGUACUGUACAAACAACGGCAUCGAGCAUCUUACAACAGCACCGUUCCACCCUCAAUCGAACGGUCAAGCCGAGCGAUUCGUGGAUACGUUUAAACGAUCGAUUAAAAAGAUUAAGGAGGGGAGAGCGACAAUGUGUGAUGCUCUCAGUACAUUUCUUCAUGUUUACCGGAGUACACCUUGUUUUUCUUCUCCAGACGGCAAAUCACCAGCAGAAGUUUUGUUUGGUCGUUCGAUUCGUACUAGUUUGGACCUGCUCCGUCCACCAUCCGAUCGUGUACAUUUGGAACAAUCGAGUGAAAUUCAUCCUUUAAAGCGACAAUUCAUCGUUAAGGAUACGGUGUAUGCAAAAGUAUUUGUCAAGAACCAAUGGCACUGGGUUUCAGGAACAGUUUUGGAACGUAUAGGUCGUGCAAUGUACAACGUUCAGCUCGAGAAUGGUAAGCUUAUUCGGUCCCACGUUAACCAGCUUCGAGAUCGUGCUGAUUCAGAGAGUCGCAGAGUACCAGCAUUGACAGAUAGAACGAAACUUCCUCUCAGCAUUCUACUCGAUGCUUGGAACCUUCCGGCUCGUUGCACACCAGAUCCAUUAGCACAUUCAACACCAGUAGCACCUAUUCUAAGCUGCUCUAGUUCGAGACAGUCGUCAGUACCAAAUACCUUGUUGAGAAGGCCCACAUUGUCAUCGGAGUCUUCGUUGUCAGCAUCGUCUUCGUCAUCUUCGACAACGCCAAAUUCAACAUCAGAAUUUCAGUCUGCUAAUGAAGCCGACUCAGCUGUACAGGUUCCUCGCCGCUCUUCGCGUGUACGAAGAGCUCCGCAAUGGUUCGAUCCCUAUCAGCUGUAUUAGAAGGGGAGAUGUUGGAGACGUGACCAUCCCUACAACCCAAUAGUAAUUGCUGGGCUCACUGGUGGCAGCCCGACUGUCACUCAGUUGAUGCCCCGACCAGCAUCCGGUCUAUGUGUCAGAAUCAGAAUGUGAUAUGUAGUAGAAUAAGGAACACGCGUUUUUACCUCUAACUGUGCGUCUAUCAAUAAAGUCAGUUUUUAAUGUUUGGGUCGUGUUAUAUUCAU